AUGGGCACAGCAGAUAUUGGAGCAAAACUCGCCCGGUUUAGAAGUGAACCACAAGAUCAUAAGCCCCGUUCGGUUAGCCUCAAAUGGGCCAAGUGGAAAACUGUUGAAUCAGCCAAUCACUUCGGCGUAGAGUCCAUUGAGCUCCACACGUCUCAGGCCCCCAUCACACUGAAGUGUGAACGAGACUUCACCAUCUCGAAGCUUACUCGUCUCCAAGGCCGCAUCUCUACGGCUCAUGGCUCGGGGACUUCCCUAGGUCGGAGCCCGCUUUUUGACACUGAGGAUGAAGCAUACGACUUUUAUAAUGCCUAUGGGGGUAAAGUUGGAUUCAGUAUUCGUAAGGAUUAUGCAAAUAAAAGCCGUAAGAUAGGAAAUAUUACAACAAGCAAGUUUGUGUGUUCCAAACAAGGUUUUAGGGUGAAGGACAAGAGGGAUAUCCAUACAAGAAAGCCCAGGGCAGAAACUCGAACCGGUUGUGGUGCACUAAUGCAAAUUAGAUAUGAUCGCAAGAAGGGAAAGUAUGUUGUAUAUAAUUUUGUCGAAUCUCACAAUCAUCCUAUGAUAAUUGAAGAAUGCACACAUAUGAUGCCAUCACAACGAAGAAUAAGUGUUGCCCAAGCAAUUGAUGUGGAAUUGGCCUGCCAAUCUGGAGUUCCACUCGGUAAUGCAUUUGAGUUAAUGAGCAGGCAGGCUGGUGGAGAUUCAAGAAUGAUAAUUAACUAUGGGCAUUUUGGAGACGUCGUCACAUUCGACACGACAUACAAGCUCGUCCAAAGCAAUCGUCCUUUUGCGGCUUUUCUUGGUUUGAAUCAUCAUCGGGAGACAGCUGUCUUUGGAUUAGCAUUGAUGUAUGACGAGACUGCCAAUUCCUUUGCGUGGCUGUUUGAUGCAUUCUUGAAUGCAAUGUCAGGUAAAGCACCACAAACGAUUCUUACUGACCAAGAUGGUGCAAUGGCAAAGGCGUUGGCACAAGUUAUGCCGAGGACAAGACAUUUACUUUGCACGUGGCACAUCAUGGCAAAUGCACAGAAGCAUGUAGGCACCAUUUUUAAGAAUGAUGAAGGGAUUAAAAGUGUGCUGAGUCAAUUCAUGUACUGUUAUGAUGAUGAGGAUGAUUUUUGUAUACAAUGGGAUGUAAUGUUAAGGGACUACAAUGUUGUUGGUAACACAUGGUUAAACAAUUUGUUUGGUUUAAGAGAAAAAUGGGGUUAUCCAUUUGUUAAACAUUGGUUUACCGCUGGAAUGCGGACAACGCAGCUGAGUGAAAGUUUAAAUAGCUGCUUGAAAGAGUACUUAACCAGGAAAAUGAGUAUUCCAGAUUUCUUCAUGCACCUUGACAGGCUAUUGUCAGACAAACGGUACAAGGAAUAUCAAGCUGAGUAUGGUUUACUCAGUAAACUACCUAGACUUAAAAAAAAUUGUCCCAUUCUAAAACAAGUGGGCAAUAUGUACACAUUGAAGAUUUUUGAACUUUUCCAGGACCAAUUCAUAGAAGCUUGUGUGGUUGGUACUGUGGAAGGAAGAAGUUUUGAUGAAAAUGGAUUACGUGUUUCUAGAGUAUCUGUUCAUGAUGGCAGUAUGGAUCGGACUAUGACAAGGUGGGAUGAUGGCUUUCUAACUUGUUCAUGCGAGAAAUAUGCAAUGGAAGGUAUUUUGUGCAGCCAUGUACUUAAAGUACUGAAAGACGACACUCAGUAUUUCAAAGAAUUACCUUCUAUGUAUAUACUAAAAAGGUGGACGAGAAAAGCUAGGGAUAACAGCGUACAAGACAUCUGUGGAUGUGAAGUUAUUGCUGAUCCUAAACUUGAAGUACGCAGAAGGAAACACAUUAAUGUUGAAAGGCAAUGUUUCGAUGUUGAACAAAAGGCAACCAAUUCAGCUUUUUCAACUGAAAGAAGUAAUAAUCAUGAACAUAAUGAAAGUAUCAUUGGGCAAGCCGUGACCAGAAGUAAUGCCAAGGGUAUAAAGAAUAAAGAAACAGGUGGUAAGGGACCAAGGCGCAGGAAGAAGAAUAAGUUUGAACAAUAUAUGCAGAGAAAAAAAAACUAUGCGAAACGAAAGAAAUCAAAUGGCAACAACAGUGUUAGUGCAGGUGUAGGUGGUAGUAGUACCGUGCCACCUAUUACAUAUGUACGUCUGAAUGGUUGUGACAUUCCUAGUGACGCCACUUGGAUUUACGAAGAUCAUCACCCAUGUGCACGUUUACAUUCGGAAACAAAUAUCGACCAAAUGACAUAUUGCCCUACCACUAACUUCAGUCAUCCCAGGACUCCACCAACUGAACAGGGGACUCCAUUUGUUUCGUAUCAUGAAUGCCGAUUCUCAGAUUGUCAUGAUGUUGAUCACACCAGUGGUGACCGUAAUUUGAUGCCAAUGUUGGAGGAGACAACAUCCGAGAUCAAUCUUCCAGCUCGGCAAAAUUUGUUUUGA